UAACGACUAGGAUUAAUGUAUAAUUGUUAGUUAUAUUACAGAAACGUAGCCUUGCUGUAGAUUUGAACCAUAUAAAAUGGGCUAAGCUAUUAAAGUCAGCGUUUUAUGUCGUGUUAUAACUUAUGUGUCCCGAGUGUCUCGUUUUUGUUCAAAUACACUAGACUGACACGUUACUUGUAAACAAUUCAUUCAAUAAAGAGUUAAAGCUGUGACCGAAAUAUGCCAGCAGAAAGUGCAAUGCGAAGACAGACAAGGUCUCUGUUUGAAGGAAUAUUGGGAAAGAAAAGUUCAGAAGGUGGUACACCUUCAGACACUGAACAAACACCUGAAAAAGUUGCUGAAAGUUUAGAGCGCAGUUUAACAAAAGAUGAUCCUCUGUUGGAGACAAACACCUUCAAUGAAAAUGAUCCUGGAAGUAAUGGAAAGGGUAAGUGGAAGGAGGAGGAGAGUUCACCUGUCAAUCAAGAUCAAAACAAAGAAAACAAAGAGAAAAUCAAUGAGGAGCCGGACAAAGUCAAAUCUGAGGACGAUCCAUUGAAAAUUGAACCUCCACAGCCAAAGAAAGAGAAAUGGUAUAAACAAUUCAAGUUUCCAUUAAAAAAAAAGAAAAUUCCAGACUCCGAGAGUAUCAGAUCGGAUGCAGGGAGUCCUGCACCACCUGAUGAUAGUAAAGAUGGUGUGGAAACAGGGAGGGAAUUAAUGAAGAAAAAUGAAAAUGAAGAAAAUCAGAAACAUGAGAAUAAAGAAGAUGAACAGGAUAUUAAACCUACACCAGAUAUUCCAUCCACUUCAAAAGUUGAAAAUAAUGAUCAAGAACCAAAUGAAUCAAGUCAAGAUUUGUCCACCACCAAACCUGUCCCUAAACCAAGAAAGUUACCAGAGAUAUCGCCAACCACCAUCGUGGAUGCUGAUGCUUCCCAACAAAGUGUAACGAGGAUUGAAUCAACUGCAAGGCGCAAACGAAGAAAAAAAAUUCCACGAAAAAGGAAAGGUGAUCUGGAAACAGACACCGAUCCAUCUACCACCAUUAUAGAGAACACUGCAGCAGAAGACACAAUUGAAAACAUCCCAUCUGCAUCCAUAGCUGAUCCGGAGGACCCAGGAGUUACUCCCUCAUUUGAGGAUGAUGGUUUGGUCCUCGGAGUCACAGUUCACCAUAGCGAUCAUCUCCGUGCCGAUCUUAAGUAUAUGGCGCACCCGGUGGUCAGAGUAUCCAUAGUCGACGGGUCUAAUGGUGCUUAUUUAAAGAAAAGUAACAGUUCUCGACGAGUUACUUCAUUUUACGAAAGUGAUUCCGUCACCUCAGUUCUUCCUAUAAUGACACAACCUUUCGAUUUCCGAGCGAAUCAGAGCGUUCUGCCUAGAUGGGAAGAGACAUUAAUCUUCAAUGAGUCUUUCAGCAGUCUGGUUGCAUCCAGAUCAGUCCAGCUUGAUCCGGUUCAAACUAGUUCUGCUGAAGUGGAAACAGCACCUGUGGAUGUCUCAGUCAAAGCUUCAAGCCCAAUCCUGUUUUUUGUUAUUCGCGAUUUUGUAAGCAUGUCAAAGGCGAACAACGUUCGUAAACAUCGGGACGAUGUAGAUAAAGGAUGGCAUAAUGUGGCAUGGGCUUUUCUUAAGCUUGUUGGAUCGAAUGGUAAACCCAACACUGGCCGUCGUGUUCGUUUACAACUUUUCCACCCUCCUCGUAAUAUAUCUGCUAUUUCUAUGGACGCACAAUCGGAACCUGCAUUUUCAUGGUGGCUUAACCACAAGAGGGCAGCAUACCCAUCAACAAUUUACGUCACGCUUAAAUCUGUCACUGGGUCAAGCAAGAUGGAUCCGGUUCCACGAUCUAUGUUUGCCAUGCAACCUGAGUGUGGAGCUCAAACCUACAAACAGAUGCACAACUCACUACAGUUUGCAGAUGGAACAAAUAAUGAGGACCAACAGUUGGAACCAAAAUGGUCACGAUUGCCUGGACAAACAUGCAAGAUACCGAACACAGUAUCACUUAAAUUAUGGGCAGGAACAGAUGGAGCUUUCUCCAUUAGGUUCUCGAAGAGUGGAACCCGUAUUGCAGUGGCUUGUAAGCAUGGACCUAUAUAUCCUAUUCUAUUAUACAGCAUACCUGGUGGUGAAGAGAUGGGAGCACUGGUGGGGCAUCAGCAGCUUGUGUAUGACAUCCAGUGGUCAAACGAUAGCUCAAAACUUGUCUCGGCUUCAGCGGAUGGCACAGCACAAGUUUGGGAUUUAAAUGAUAAAAGCAAGUCUACCCACACACUUGUACAUCCCUCGUAUGUGUAUACAUCAUCAUUUCACCCAACAGCUCAAUACAUUGUAGCUACAGGUGGAUAUGAUUGUGUGAUACGUGUAUGGAGCAUUGCAUCUUCCACCACACAGAUGUUACAAGAGUUAGAUGGACAUAAAUCUCUCAUCAACUCUCUUGUGUUUGACCAUUCAGGUUUGACAUUAUACAGUGCAGACAGUGCAGGUGUGGUAGUUGCAUGGAAUUGUCACUCCCAUGAAAAACCUCGCAAAAAAACGAAAAUAGACUGGAGCAUUAAAACGAAAUAUGAAGAGAGGGAAUUAUCGGGAGUUUGCAUCAACUGCAUCCAAGUUCAUCCAAGGAAUAAUAAACUUCUUCUUCAUUGUCGAGACUCAACCAUCAGGAUGUUGGAUGUUAGGAUACACACCCUGGUCAAGUAUUCGGGUUCUUCAAAUCUUCGUCAAUUAAUUCGCUCUGACCUGACCUCAUGUGGCUCGUUUGUAAUAUCGGGAAGUGAGGAUGGAAGUGCCUAUGUUUGGAACGCAGAGUCUGGUGACCAGGUCGCAACCUUUAAUGAGCUUCAGUUUUCACGAUCGGUUCGUGAUGUGACUUUUCACCCUCACGAUCACAUUGUGGCAUUCUCAUGUUUUGGGCAAAACAUGCCAGUACUGGUGUAUAAAUAUGAUAAACAAGUUGCUGCAGCAGAAGCUGGUUUAGUUCCUGUUGUUGCAAACACAGCCCAAGUAGAUGCAGAUACAGGUAACAGAGCAAUGAUAAACGAUAAUAGGUUGGGUGAAUCAUAUAGAGGAGGAAACAGAGUUGAUCAAAUAAGACAACAACUUGACUUAGUUCAAUCGAAACCGGAUGAAAGUUGGAACACAGCUCGUAAGCUGCUCCCUCUUAGUAUGGCAGCUCGUGCAUUCUCAGAAGGCAGACAGAGCCCACAAUCCUCGCCCCGCCGGUCAGCGGUCAGAUCUUCAUCACCAUCUGCUGGCCAUCUCAAUUCGAUACGUGGUGACCCCUUGACCUCAUAUGGGCCGGGUAACACUUUAUCAACUUGGGGAUCCACCUUUGAUUCAACUCAUCGUUCCAUGCUGGAGCCAUCUUACCUCUCACCUCAUGCAAGUCCUGAGGCUCGACUGAUUGCGCAACAUUACUCACAACAUCAACCUAGGGAAGAUGAGCAGCAGGGAUGGAAACCAACAUUUGCAGCUGUUGGAGGAAGUCCAUACAAAGCUGGGCUGGGUCCUGAUGUAUCGUUAACGGUAGAUGGGACCGGAAAUACUUCGUUACGAGUUACGUCAGCAACUGGUGUGAAACCUCAACACACUGUUGUAGCACUCUAUGACUACCAAGCCAACCGGUCAGAUGAGAUUACAAUCGUACGUGGAGAUAUUAUUCGUGUUCUAUAUAAAGAUGGGCCAACAUGGUGGUUCGGUGAGCUUGUAUCUGAUGGCAGGCAAGGAUACUUCCCUUCAAAUUAUGUUGCAAUUAAUGACAAUGAAUCUGUUGAGGAUAAACUUGAAAAACAUGAAGCAUCUCCAGAAGUCAUGUUUGGAGUGCCAGAGGAAAGACCCGUUAGUGCAGAGAGCAUUAGUGGAAAAACGUUCCAUGCACUGAAGAUGCCCGGAGGAAAACUUAAUUUUUAUUCUCAGAGUGAAUCGGAGGGAGAUGAGGAGAGACUCGGAUCUCUUAGUAUCAGUCGAAGUUCACGGCAACGUCGACGUGAGAAUCGAUCACCGACAAGUCAAUCUUCCAUACCUCAUAUCAGUGAUGAUGUCACAAUCAUUGAGGAUGUCAAUGAUGACAUCACAACCACACCUAAACCACGUGCUCGAACCAUAAUAAGGGACCAAUCCCCUGAAGCAAGCCCCAAAAACCCCAAGCCAGCCCCUCGUCAGUUACCCACCCUCCCCCCUAAAGCACCCACCCCUACUAAAACAUGUGACAAUUGUUGAUGUUCAUGAUGAUCCUGUUAGUACACCUCCUAAGAAAAGAAAGCCGAAAAAGAAGAAAGAAACAUCAGAGCAACCAGAAACUGCUCCUGGAACUGAUGUUGCUUCAUCUAUUACUCAACCAUCACCAAGAUUCGGGAUUCUCAAAGCAGUCCAAGCGAGAAUGGCUUCCGAGAGCUCAUUUUCCAACUCUGUCCUUGGAGGGGCAGGAUUUGAGUCUGAAAAGCCGACUUCUGGUCGUCUUAAUCCCAUUCUUACAUCCACAGCUACGAAGCAGAAGAAGACAAGAUCAACUCACAGAAAAACUCCCAAAGUCCUCAUCACCCAGUCUAGUGAGCAAGAUGAGACGAUUCCUAUGUUGGAACUUGGAACAUCAGUAAUCCAAGGAAAUCCAAACCCAGCAUUUGAUAACACUUCGGAAGUUUAAAAAAAUAGCAAUCAGUUUUGUUUGACUGUAUCGAUUCUGCCAUUAUUAUUUGCAUCUUGCAUACUGUUUAGAUAGCAUCAGUUUUGUAUGAUUCUGUGUGUGUUUGCAUAACGUUUGCAAGAAUUUUUAACAGGACAUCCACACAAUAUCACUGUAGCUUGAGAGUUGUUCAUAUACUGUUAAUAUAAUAUUACACCUUUACCACUUGGUACAGUAUGUAUAGCAAUUGCAUUUAACGGAUUUUUAUAGUUUUGUGUGUUUUACCGUCUAGUCUUUAAAACAGUGUCAAUUUAGUUCAUGACUUUUUCUACUUUUUUAUUGUUUAUGAUUUCAUAUAAAUAGUAACGCUACUAAUCUUAUCUCGUUUUAGAAUACACUAUUUUUUUCUAUUUGUACAGUUGGUUAUGGUUAAUCUAUUGAAUAAAACCGCUUUG